UAGUUUCUAAAAACCUUUUCUUUGAUAUAAGUGUCAAAUGAUAACAUUACAUUAGUAAUCCCUUUUAUAGUAACUCUUUCCCCAAACGAUGUAUAAUAACAAUAAAUAUCGUAUGCACCUUGAGGAUCAUUUCUAUGGGUCGAAGAAUCAAUCUCCCCUCAAUGAGAAGAAAGAGGAUGGGCAUGCUCACAAGGAUGUCGAAUGUCGGUUGCGAAGGGAAAGGAUUAAUUCUCCGGAGAUUUGCAGGAAACCUUAUUCAUCGGAGAAGUACCUAGGUAGGCAGGACAAGUAUCGCGAUUACAAAAAAUGCGCGUGUGAAAAUCCGCAUUGCUCAUAUGAACAGCGUCCACAGCGUCUUAAUCAUGAUCCAUUGUGUAGCAAGUAUUAUCACGGCAAUCAUCGUCACAAAUAUGAUGAAAAAAGUCAAGACUCCCAACCACACCAGCUACCUUACCAACAGAAUGCUCGUCAGCAAUGGAGUCCGAACAGAGUGGAUCAACGCAGUCCCAGGUACUCACCCAAGCCAUAUAAUAGCCGUUCCCCUUUCGGUUACAGUACUCGGAAACAGGAGCCGUUCCAUGAAAAGGGCGGAGGAGAUUGUCUUAUCUACAAGAACUUGGCCUUUGGAGCACAUCCGUCUAGCAAAAGUGAGGAUGGUGGUGGGGAUAGAGGUGUAAGGGAGCACUCGCCCCAAUGCAAGAGCCAACAUCAAAAGGGAGAAUCACAUAACUCUAUUGAAGCGGCCAAAGCUCAUUGCCAAGCCAUUGGUGAUCGAUUCCGGCGGCAGUUUGCCCCUUCCAGCGAGAGUUCCUCCUCUAGGGACUCCAAGUCCAAGCCCUCUAAAGUGACCGUGAUUAGUGCCAAGAGCGGCGACGAUCUCAGAGCAGCAGUCAGAUCACAAAUAGAACUGCAAGAGGCUCUGGAUGGAUUCAAGCUCGAGGUGAGGGAUAAACAGGAGGAGUCAGGGUCCGACGGCGAGACCAGUGCAAAACCGAAAAAGAUCCAAGCCCCCAAAUCCGAGCCACUGAUUGAAGAAGCCGUUGCAAUUGCCGUGGAACCCCUUUCAGAUAGGGCACUCUCCGAUGACCUCCAACUGCAAGACUUGACUGUCAGUUCUGAGGAUCUAGUCAGCACCAAAGUAAUCGAGCCCGUGAUAUGGAGAAUACAACAUUUGUAUCUGAACACUCUGAAGGAGGAAAUGAAACUCAUAGAGUAUCUGGGAACGGUGCCGAAACUGGUCAACGACGUUUAUAAAAGAGAAACUCCUGAGAAUGAGCAAAAGAAGAAUUAGGAAAUGCUAAAAUAUAUUUCUACUUGAUUUUUUUGUUGUUAUAUUUUGUAUAGUGAAGAUUUUGUUUAGGAAUAAAAAAUUGUAUUUGCAUUAUAUAAA